AUGGAAAUACCUUUCAAUGGGCGGCCAUCUUGUCAUGACUUGGAGGAUGGAACAUCACAGAACCAGUCAGAUAACACUGCCAGUCCAGCCACGGCCUCAUCCUCUCACCAGACAGUUGCUGAAUCAGUCUGGACCAAGAAGAGACAGGAGGAGGAGACUCGUCAGGAGGAGGAGAGGCCUGAAAGAGACUCUCAGCCAUGCGUUGAGGAAACCCCCAGGUCAGAAGUCUCUGUUUCCACGACAACAACACCCUCCACACCUGCCAGUGGUAUACUGAUAGAACAUCAAACAGAUAUUAAUACAGCAGACCGCUCUGAAGCAGACCAGCCUAGUGACGGUCUCUCUGGGUCGGUGUCUGAAUCUCUGACAUCAGUUAAAGAAACCAGCUCCGCUGCAUCUCAGUCUGAUCAGCAACAGUGUGAAAACCAGUCUGUCACUGAACAAGAUGAAGAUAAGAGAACCUCUGCUGAGACACAGACUGUCUCUGAUGAUCAUGAACAUCAAACCAACACUCAACAGGAUACGUUCACCAAGAAAACUGACAGGAAGGAAGAGCGAGCAGCCAGAGAGCAGAGAACCCAAACAGAGCAUUCUGCUGCUCCAUGUUCAGCAGUGAAGGAAACCAUCCAGAGCACUCAGGCUGCUGAGUCAAAUGAAGAAACAGCCAGCGGCCGGUCAGAGAGGCAGCAGCAGCAUCCAGAGAGCAGCUCUCCUCUCACUCACAGUCAACAGAAGGAAACAAAUAACACUGAAACACACUUUGAGUUCCAGGCACCUCAAACAGGCUCAGCAGCAACUCCUACUAAUGUUAAAGACUAA